CCCUUUCUUAUGUACAUGUGUGAAUUAAUACUAUAGCCCUAGUACUAAUACCCUUCAGUGUGGCAGACUGUAUUAACACUCAAUAAAAGUUUAAAAAUAAAUGAUUUAACAUGUUUACCAUGGCCAAAAGAAGCCAAGUAACUAUUAUUUUUUCUAGUUUUAAAUAAUAUCUGUUGCAAUGAUUAGUAUGCUGUUUGAUUUGGCAACUCAACACUGUUGAGAAGCGAUGGACUAUUAUUAUUGUUGUUCUCUCUAGUUGUUUUUUUUUUUUUUUACAGUAAUAAGCACACUCUUCCAAGAUUUAUUCUUUUAUAGAUUGAUAGGCGAUAUCUUAAUUAAUAAAUAGAAUAUUGAUUUCAAUUUAUUCUUAAUUUGUAAAAUGUUUCAAUUCACUAUCCUCUACUGAUAAUUUAAGACAACUCUAUCCCAAAAUUAAUGUAAGACUACUACGUACAUAAUUUUUUUUUAAAACUUUAAUAGGACAGGUUGACGACCCACCACAUGCCACAAGGUGUGAAUAACAGGAAAACAUCACCAGAGAAGUACAACAGACUUCCUCUUGCCCAAGGCCCAACGGGACUAUAUAUACUAGUAGCUCUAGAAGAAGUGGCAUAGUUAUCCAAGAUAAGGAUCAACAACUCUAAACAUGAAGACCGUCUUAGUUUGUCUGUUUCUGACUGGAAUUGCAGUAGCCCAACAUGGUCAUGGUUGGGCAGGAUGGGCCGGUAAUGGUCUCGUCGCUCCAGCAGGAGCAGCUCACGGAUUGGUCGCUCCAGAAAUUGCCGUCCCCAGUAUAGUCGCUCCAGCGGUUGCCGCCCCCCGUUUCGCAGCUCCAUCCCACGCUGGUCCUGCAGCGGGUGGCCCUGCCUCCCCUGGAUAUGUAAACAGACUUCUUGCGAAUGCCAUAGCACGCCACAAUACUCCAUGGGGCGCAAUUGGACACGGACACUCACUCAGAUAUGGACCUCACUACUACCAAUAAACAUUGUAUGUAUAUAACUGAAUAAGACUGACGAAAUAAACACUUUGUAAUAAACUUUGUCAUUUAUCAAAUCAACCAUCCUAGCACAAAU